AAAAAAUGAAAAAAAGGGGGAAAAAAAAAAGGAGAAGCGAAAAUGGGAAUAAAGAAAUCGAGUGACAGCCUGACAGGAAGCCAAGCAUGGUUGAGAAGUCCAAAGCACGUUGUCAGCACCUUCUGCUCCUGCUAUCCAAGCUGCGUAUUCACGCUAUCGACGGAUUUGUUUGACCACGGAAGGGAGCGAACCUACGGUCUUAAACUCGCCAUUUCUUUAGCACACGGUCUAUCAUUUUCCUUCAAUAAUAUUUCAUGUGAUGGAACUGCUUCUCUGAACAGAGGAGACCAUCAGUUUCAGAGAGGGAGUUUCCGAGAAAGAAGGGAAAGAGAUUGGCUUUUUGGUUGAAAAAACCAAAACCAAUCUCUCUGUUGCUGUAUUCUGUCUAUCUGUCUGUCUCCUACUGUGAGAAGAUGGGUUUGGAUCGUGAAAAUGGAAACGUCUUGGUUGAUUCAGGGCAUACCCGUCUCCAUGAGCUCGGUUACAAACAAGAGCUCAAGCGUGAUCUCUCGGUGAUUUCCAACUUUGCGUUUUCAUUUUCUAUCAUCUCUGUGCUUACUGGUGUAACCACCCUUUACAACACUGGGUUAAAGUUUGGUGGGCCAGUGUCUUUGGCUUAUGGCUGGUUAAUAGCCGGGACUUUCACCAUGUUUGUUGGGUUUUCCAUGGCUGAGAUUUGUUCCUCUUUCCCAACCUCUGGUGGACUCUACUAUUGGAGUGCUAAGCUUGCUGGCCCAAGCUGGGCACCUUUUGCCUCAUGGUUAACUGGCUGGUUCAACAUUGUUGGUCAGUGGGCUGUUACAACGAGUGUAGAUUUUUCACUUGCACAGCUGAUUCAAGUGAUCAUUCUACUUAGCACAGGUGGGAAGAAUGGAGGUGGAUAUGAGGCAUCUAAAUAUGUUGUUAUAUGUUUCCAUGGGGGGAUUUUACUCCUACAUGCUAUCAUUAACAGUCUUCCAAUCUCUUGGUUAUCUUUAUUUGGACAGUUAGCUGCAGGAUGGAACAUUGUAGGUGUAUUUGUUCUUAUGAUUCUCAUUCCCUGUGUUGCAACGGAAAGGGCUAGUGCCAAGUUCGUUUUCACUUACUUCAACACCGAUAAUGGUGACGGAAUCAAUAAUAAAUUAUACAUAUUCAUUCUGGGCCUUCUAAUGAGCCAGUACACACUUACUGGGUAUGAUGCCUCUGCUCAUAUGACAGAGGAAACUAAGAAUGCUGAUAAGAAUGGACCAAGAGGAAUAAUAAGCUCCAUUGGGAUAUCUAUUAUUGUUGGAUGGGGUUAUAUACUUGGAGUCACCUUUGCAGUAACUAACAUUUCCUACCUUCUAGAUGAAACCAAUGAUGCUGGUGGUUAUGCCAUUGCUGAAAUAUUCUACCUAGCAUUUAAGAAUAGAUAUGGCAAUGGAGUUGGGGGAAUUAUUUGCUUGGGAGUGGUGGCGGUUGCCAUAUUUUUCUGUGGUAUGAGUUCAGUUACUAGCAACUCAAGGAUGGCUUAUGCUUUCUCUAGAGAUGGAGCCAUGCCAUUUUCAUCAGUUUGGCAUAAAGUGAACAAGCAGGAGGUCCCCAUAAAUGCAGUGUGGCUCUCUGCCUUUAUAUCAUUUUGCAUGGCACUGACGUCUCUUGGGAGCAUAGUGGCAUUUCAGGCUAUGGUAUCCAUAGCAACUAUUGGACUGUACAUUGCUUAUGCCCUGCCCAUCUUCUUCAGAGUGACUUUAGCACGCAAGUCCUUCAUCCCUGGACCCUUCAAUUUGGGUCGCUAUGGAAUCAUUGUUGGAUGGGUUGCCGUUCUUUGGGUUGCAACCAUCUCAGUUCUCUUCUCAUUGCCUGUAGCCUAUCCCAUUACCAAUGAGACUCUAAACUAUACUCCUGUAGCAGUUGGCUGUUUGUUUGUCCUUACUGUUUCUUCUUGGAUCUUCAGUGCUCGUCACUGGUUUAGAGGUCCUAUAACCAACGUAGAUACCUGAACUCGAAUGUACAUUGAUUUUCAUAUCUAAAGCAAUAUCAUUUUGGGUGGUGGUUCAUGGCUA